AUGAAGUCCGCCACCCCCCUGACCUUUCCGCCAUCCUUGGUUUGGGGGUGUGACAUUUUGUUUCUAAAACAACUCCUUAUUAAGGGGUUGACACGUUUGGCAAUCGACUUGGCUUUCUCGAGUUUAAUGCAAAUAAGUUUUGGCGCGAAAAUCGAGAAAAUUCGCAUAGUCACGAGUUGCCACGUCACCCUCGCUGAAAAACUGCCACGUGUCCUGCGGAGUCACCAAGCUGCUGAGUCACCAAGCUACAGAGUCACCGAAGCUGCUGAGUCAUGCGAAGCCACGUGUCCGAUCCUGAUUCGACCGAGGAGGAGGCCCAAUCCGAAGCAGCCAGCUCUCCGGCUGAAGCUUCGCCCUGCUGCCGCGCGUUCCGAGCCUCGCAUAGCCUAG